CUGCGCCACCAGGGAAGUCCCAAGGACUGUUUCUUUAUAGUGAUUUUAUGCAAAAACUCCAUAUGUUCUUCCUGCCUCCUGUAUCCCCAUGAGCACCUCUCUCUGCCCCCAUCUAAUUAUUUCUUCCCUCUCUCAUAUCCUAUUGUUCUGUUAGUUUUCUGCCCUGAAAGUUGACUGCUAGCUUCUUAGUUUUCUGCCUUAAUUUCUAAGUCAUAGAUUACUUUCAGGCUAAAAGUUUCCUUCUAACCACUGUUUUAUUCCUCAUCAUUCAUUGGAAAUUAAAUCAAUUUUUAAUAAUUUGACUCAUCAGUGAUUUAGACUAGCCCUUCUUCCCCAGUUCUGUAGUUUUGUUUUUCCCUUUUGUGGUCAUUUUUAUUUAAACUUUUGACCUUACUGAAACUAGAACUUCCGUCCAAAAAUGUAUAUAGAGCUGAAGUUUUUGCCCUGUUUUUUUGGGCACUGUGUUUAAGGUGGUAUCUCUGGGUACUCAGGUAACCUCAUUCCACAGAUUUCCAUCUGAAGUUAUUUUCACUAUUGUUUCUUCUAAUGAUUUUGUAGAUUGCAGGUCAAUUUCUUAUUCAACUUACCAGUGACACCGUAGUUUGUAUGGCUUUUAAUUUCAAAGAAUAUUUUUUCACUUUUUUUCUUUUUAACUGAUUUUUAUCUGAUGUUAAUUGUAACCAGAUAUGUUCCCUAGAUAGGCAUGACUAGAUUUUUUUCCAUUGUGUUUAUAAUUUAAAUGGAUUUUCACAUCUUUGAGCCUCAGAGCCCAGAUAGGAGUGUGGGAAAUAGGACUCCUCAAAGGACAGAGAUUAAAUCUCAAAGCUCUUAGAUUUAUUAAGCAAACUCAGGUCCAGGGUAAAAGGGUUCUGUACCCCCAAUUCCAAUGUGUGGGGUUUUUUUCCUCCACACAUCCAAGCAAUUCUGGGACACCAAAUGAGUGUCCUACAAUUCAACUCAAUUCUGACACUGUUUACCCAGAGAUAGCAUCAGAUUCCACAGGUGAGGGGCUCAGUCCUGCAAGACUGUUCCCCACUCCACCCACCCAAGGUACCAGUCAUAAGUCCAGGUUGUCACCUGGGCUUCUGACCAACUGGCUAUAGACUGGAGGUGCCAACAACCCCCUCCUCAUUUAAUUUGCUGGAGUGGCUCACAGAAUCCAGAGAAUCAUUUUACUUACUAGAUUACCAGUUUAUCAUAAAAGAUUAUAACUCAGGAACAGCCAGAUGGAAGAGAUGCAUAGGGCAAGGUAUCGGGGAGGGGUGCAGAGCUCUCAUGCUCUCUGAACACGCUAGUCUCCCUGAAUCUCUACCAACCUGGAAGCUCUCCAAACCCCAACCUUUUGGGGUUUUAUGGAGGCUUCAUUACAUAGGUGUGAUGGAUUAAAUCAUUGGUCUUUGGUGAUUGAUUCAAUCUCCAGUCCCUUUCCCCUCCCUGGAAGGGAGAAAGGGGAGAAAGUUCCCAGGGCCCCAUCAUCACCCAAUCUGCUGUUAUGUUUGAUUUAUUAUAGAUAACCUGUCAGCCUGGAUCUCUCUUCACAGACUGUGUACACAUGUCUACACAUAAGGAUCUGGAUUAUCUCAGGAUCCCACCUCCUCUGCUCCCACCCCCCCAACCCUCCAUCCCUUCUCUGACACUUUUCAGUCCCUCCAUUUCAUUUGUGCUCCUCUCAGCCCCAUGCCUGACUUUGGUGCCCACUGAGUUCUUUUAGAAACACUCCACAUUCAGGGAUAUGAAAUCCUUGGUGAGGUCUGUCAAGGAUUGGAAUAGGGUGCUGGGCUGAUCCUCCUUCCUGAACCCCUGUGCAGUCGGGGAGGCUGAUGCUAACAUGCAAACCUUUUUCUUUUUUACUUCUCCAGGCAAAGGGAUAUUGGGAAAGAUUCUGGAGUAGAGUGUUAAGAUUUAAGAGUAUUCUUUGAAUAUUUGCACCAUGAUGGGCCUUGGAGGUGCCUUGAGGGUGGUGCUUUGAGUGGAGUAGUUAUCAGGAAAUUGUGGAUUUUAAGGAAGUCAGGAAAGAAGACAUCACUGACAAUUCAACAAUUCAGGGUAAGCUCCUAAAGGACUCUUUCUGGCUACUUAAUGCCCAGAAGCCAACCCCUCACCUCUUAUCAAAGCUAUAGGCCACUAGGCGCCAAUGAGGUUCAUGUAGCAUCAGAUCUAUCUAUGCUUUUCCUUAAUGUGGGGAUUUGGGGUCAGAAUUUAAGGAAGCACCAAAAACACUCAUUAAUCAAGAUAAAUAUUUUAAUGUAUUAUCUUAAAAAUAAAAAUGAUGAACCAAAUCUCCCCCUCCCCCCAAUCCAUGAUGAACAAAACUGUCAAAUUAUGCCUCCUCUUCACCCCUGUCUCCCUCACCAUCACCACCACCACCACCACCACCACCACCACCACAAGCUCGGAAAGUUUCCUCCAAGCGAUACCUGUACCAGGGUUUGCUGGCUCGAGCCGUGGGGCUUCAUUAUACUGCUACCACCAGGGAACCUUUUGCUCUUUACCCAAGUCCAGCCUCUCCACUCCUCAAAAUCCCGGGCACACAAGACGAAAGCCACUCCCACCGCCAUUCCAAGUUGGCCCAAGCCAAUCCCGCUCUCUCCGAAAACAGCCUUGGUGUUCCCUGUCUAUAGUGGCGCCCCCUCCCAACCUCGGGGACGUAAAGCCGGUGUCGCUCCUAUCUGGGCGUCCCAACAGAGCAUCACCCCCCUUCCCCACCCUCCAAGUGCUUUACUCUGAGCCGCGCCCACAUCGGCCCGCCUCUGGUCCAGCCCGUGCCCACCCUGGUUUCAGCUCCGGGAAGGGGACACCAGUGGAGACUUGGGUGGGGAAGCUUAGCUCCCCCGCGCCGCUGAAGGUCAGUGCGCACAGUCUGGUCACCCGCCGCUGCAACACCGGGCUCCAGGACCACAUUUCCUAGACUUCUCGGCGGUGUCCGCGACGCUCUCGUGGCCUGCAGAUCUCAUUGGCCCUCGACGGAGAAACUGGUGAACCUCGCGGUCUGGGCACCUUAACAACGGGCUCCUAAAUUUAGCUGUAAAAGAGGUGCAGAUGUGAGAGUCACCCUGCCAUGGAGAAGCCCACGCCCUCCUCCUCUCCACCCCAAGACUACACUCUCCAGAGGCCUCUGCGGCCACUUCCGCCCUCUCUUCCGCUCGCCCCUUAGCGUGAGGAGUUGGCGUAACAGGAACACUUCCGGCCGGUGGAGUCCGCCCAUUAGGCUGGUUGGCAACGGUGUAGACAACUGUAUUCGGGUCCUUCUCACACCUCUGCUCUUGGUUCCCGAGCUUCAGCCUCAGAAUCGAUCUGCCUUCUGAGACUUUGCCCUUCUUCAGGGAGAGCACUCAGGAGAUCAGGAAAAUGGCCACGGGGCUCCUGAAAGCCAAAAAAGAGGCAUUCAUGGCGUUCGGGGAUGUGGCUGUGGACUUCACCCAGGAGGAAUGGAGGCUGUUGAGCCCCGCUCAGAGGACCUUGCACAGGGAGGUGAUGCUGGAGACUUAUAACCACUUGGUCUCACUAGAAAUUCCAUUUUGCAAACCAAAACUCAUUUCUCAGCUGGAGCGAGGGGAAGAGCCCUGGAUAGAGGAGAGGCAACGUCCGCUGAGUCUCUGUCCAGCAGGAUCAAAGCUAGAAAUUCAACCUUGUCCCUCCUGUCCUCUGGCAUUCUCUAGUCAGCAAGCCCUCAGCCAACAUGUAUGGCUCAGUCAUCUCCCUCAGUUUUUCUCAAGUUUACGUGCAGGAAAUCAUCUCCAUUCAGGGAAACAAUAUUCAGAAGAUCAGAAACAGCAGCAGGAGCAAGUCUUUGAUCAAACCUGCUCAAGCAACAAAGCAGAAAUUCAAGAGAGAGAAGAAGAUUCCAAGCUUUUGUUUGGGAGAGUAAGUAAAAGCAGCACUUCAAAGGCAUUCUCCAGAACCCUGGAAGAACAGCCAGUAAGGUCCAAGGAAGACAACACAGUUGUGGACAUAGUGCCCAGCCCUGCCCAGAGGACAAACCUUGAGGAAACAGACAAAACAUUACAUGGUUUAGAAGUCUCAGGAUUUGGAGCAAUCAAAUAUGGAGAGUUUGGGCUAGGCUUUAUCAAGGAGUCAAACCAGCUCAGCCUCCAGAAGACACACACAGGGGAAACCCCUUACAUGUACACUGAGUGGGGAGAAAGCUUUAGCAGUAUGUCAGUCCUCAUCAAAAACCAGAGGGCACACUCUGGGGAAAAGCCUUUUGUGUGCAGGGAAUGUGGACGAGGCUUUACUUGGAAGUCAAACCUCGUCACACACCAGAGGACACACUCAGGGGAGAAACCGUAUGUGUGCAAGGAGUGUGGACGAGGCUUUACUUGGAAAUCAAACCUCUUCACACAUCAGAGGACACACUCAGGGGUCAAGCCUUAUGUGUGCAAGGAAUGUGGGCAGAGCUUUAGCCUGAAGUCAAACCUCGUCACACACCAGAGGGCACACUCUGGGGAGAAGCCUUACAUUUGCAAGGAAUGUGGACAUGGCUUUCGCCAGCAUUCACACCUCAUCAGACAUAAGAGGACACAUUCAGGAGAGAAGCCUUAUGUUUGCAGGGAGUGUGAGCAAGGCUUUAGCCAGAAGUCACACCUCAUUAGACACUUAAGGACACACACAGGAGAGAAACCUUAUGUGUGCACAGAAUGUGGACGUCACUUUAGCUGGAAAUCAAACCUCAAGACACACCAGAGGACGCACUCAGGGGUUAAACCUUAUGUGUGCCUGGAAUGUGGGCAGUGCUUUAGCCUGAAGUCAAACCUCAACAAACACCAGAGGUCACACACAGGGGAGAAGCCAUUUGUAUGCAGGGAGUGUGGGAGAGCCUUUACCCGGAAAUCAACCCUCAUCACACACCAGAGGACACACUCAGGAGAGAAGCCAUUUGUAUGCACAGAGUGUGGGCGAGGCUUUAAUGAUAAGUCAACCCUCAUCUCACACCAGAGGACACAUUCAGGGGAAAAGCCUUUCGUAUGCAGGGAGUGUGGUAGAAAGUUUAGCCAGAAGCCAAACCUGUUUAGGCACAAGAGGGCACAUUCAGGGAGUAUACCCUUUGUGUGCAGGGAGUGUGGACAAGGCUUUUGUGAUAAGUUAACUCUCAUUACACACCAGAGGGCACACUCGGGGGGGAAGCCUCAUGUAUGCAGGGAGUGUGGGCAAGGCUUUAGCCGGCAGUCGCACCUUAUUAGACAUCAGAGGAUCCAUUCAGGAGAGAAACCUUAUAUUUGUAGGAAGUGUGGGCAAGGCUUUAGUCGGAAAUCAAACCUCAUCAGACAUCAGAGGACACACUCAGGAUAGAAACCUUGUGUGGACAAGUAGUGAAACCUUUAGCCAAUAGUCACACGGCAUGAAACACCAGAAGUCCCACCCAGGGCUGUAGCUUUAGUAAUAAGUCAGCCAUUGCCAGACUCUAAAGUAGAAACAUCUUAUGUGUGAUGGGAGUGUUCACGAGACUAAUGGUAAGGGUCAACAUCUCCAAUCCACCUGAAGCAGAAUUGCUGGCCCAUUUUCAGGGGCUCUGGCUUUCCCUAGUGGGGAUGGUAGGUUGUGGAAGGUCUCUCAGGUAACUUGAUGGAGAGAGUACUUAUUAAGUAGGUUGAAAUUAGAGAAUUGAUACUAUUCCAAUAUCAUUUCCCAAGUAUACUUGAACACUCCUUCCACAGUAACCUGGAUGUUACAAAAACAGCAAUUCUAGAGUCCAUCUCUUGAUGUCUGUCUUACCUUCUGAGAACAAGAGACAGAAACCAUGGCUGAUUUAAUCUUGGUUCCACAGAGCAUGACCCAGCAGAGUCAGCUUCAGGGAGAGUCUGGAAAAUGGUCAACUCAUGGGGACAGAGAUAGUGCUUGGGUAGAAGGUUUUAUUAUACAAAAGGCUGACAGGUAAGAAAGAUUGUAGGUAUCCUAGCUCUGAGUUUGGGAAGAGGUGUCCAUUUUUGGAAAUAUCAUAUCUUUGCUUGCUUCCUGGGGCUGUCUCUGGUUUUCAGGUUGAAUCCAUACUGAAAAUGUUUUUAUUGACUAGUGUUUUUAGACUAGAAAUGUACUAUGUACUGUUAUGAAGAAAAUAUAUACACACAUAUACAGAAAUACAAAAUGAAAUUACUUUCUAUUCUUCUUUGAGUUACCAUACAGCAUCCCAUUAGUAAUUAUUUGGUUUAAAUUUUCCCAACCAUUGUAAAAUAUACUACUUUUUUGGUUGAGAAUACUCUUUUUGAAAAUGGCAGUAUCCCACAAAUUCAUUUAGAGUCGUGUCCCAAGGCCCAGUUUUUUUUCAUGAAACUUGACUAAAUGACUGUGAAUUUUCUUUGGAAAAUAAAUUUUCUAACAACAGGCAGGAAAAUGUAGAAAUUGUAUAAUAACUUAUCUUUUUAUCUCUGUACAGGUAUUUAGAAUAAAUUUGAAAACAUAAGAGAAAGUGUAUGAGUAUUUAGAAAGUGGUGAUGUAGGAUUUAAAGUACAAUACUCAGUGGUUGGGUCAUUGGCUUUCAGUUAGGGAAAAAAUAAGCAUAGGUCCCAAAGUUUCGAUAUCCAAAGGAGUUAGAGUUAGGGAAUCACUAUCUCAAAUAAUAUGAGGUGUAAGAGUCAUAAUUUUUGUUCAAAAUCUAAGUUUGAGUGGAGUGAGCAGAACCUGGUGAAAAAUUAUGAAAUACUAUCUUAAAUGGAGCAGCUGGCAUGACCUGCCCUUCUUAGCCCUCCACAUGGUAAAUCCUGGCCUCAUGCUCUUACAUUUUCUCAACAGAAAAAUACCUUUUGAGUUUUAAUCUCUUUAAGCCUUAGAACUUAAUUACUCUUUUCCAUAAAAUCGUGUCACAAAAAUAAAGAUUCCAAAAUUAAACAUGU